CGCAAAACACGCCUCCUCAGGGCAAUGUGGUCAGGUCAUUCAGGCAACGACGACGGCUCGUGAUACAUCCAUUUAUUUGCCGCAACUCCACGGCUUUCCCAACUCAGCACAACCUCUGAGAAAUUCUCCGACCUUGCACGACCACAUGUUGUGAUCGUUCCCGAGUACAGCCCCGCCUGGCAAACAUGGCCAUCCUCACCGCCCUUGCGAUCGUGCUACUGGGUGUCAUCAGUCUAGCGGGCUUGUUGCCCUAUGGUCUGCGCUGGUUUGGACGAUUUCUAGGCCAAUCAAUUAGAAGCAAGACACAGAACCGCCGAGAGUUACUGUUCACACGUGCGGUUGCCGAAGAGAAAGAGCGAGCGCGAGCGUUUUACAAUCCCACCCUGGAAGCGAAUCCCGUGGAAGAGAAAAAGACGCCAUCUUCAACUUCGCUAGAUUCAGACUGGGAGAAGGUUGCGACGACAGCUGAAGGUCAACGGACACCUACUGCGACGAACGCAAAGGAAGAGAAUGUCUCGGUGGACGAGGAAUACGAUGGUGUCAUUGCCUUCUUCCAUCCAUUUUGCAACGCCGGUGGUGGCGGUGAACGAGUUCUGUUCGCUGCUAUUCUAGCGACACAACAUCAAUAUCCUCGAGCGUUAUGUGUUGUAUACACUGGCGACCAUGAUGCCAGCCGUGAUCAGAUUCUACUCAACGCACGGAACCGGUUUAAUAUCGACCUCAAUCCUGCGCGCGUGGUCUUCCUUUACCUCACCACUCGGGAGUUUGUCCUCGCCAACAAAUGGCCGUAUUUCACUUUGCUGGGCCAAAGUUUCGGCAGCUUGAUCCUCGGUUGGGAUGCGCUGAAUCUCCUUGCACCGGACAUUUACGUUGACACGAUGGGCUAUGCCUUUACUCUUGCGCUGUGCAAAUGGCUGUUUCCACGCAUACCGACUGCUGCUUAUGUUCACUACCCGACCAUCAGUACCGAUAUGUUGCAAUCGUUGAAUGCGCCUGAUGGUUCAAGCCAGGGAUUGAAUGCAGGUGCAGGAAAAGGGCUACGAGGUCAAGUCAAACAAAUUUACUGGCAACUUUUUGCGAAGCUGUACUCGCGUGUCGGUGGCAGCGUCGACACCGUCAUGACCAACAGCAGCUGGACCCAAGGCCACAUUUCAUCCCUCUGGGGCCCAUCCCGCGCACGUAAGCAAGCAAAACGACCCAAAUCCUCCCCUCCAUCGCGGCCUAUCACAGUGGUAUACCCUCCGUGCGCCGUCUCCGAACUCCAACAGAAGAUCGCCGUCGAUGCCUCGAGCGAAGCCACAUCCCGAACCAACAACAUCCUCUACAUAGCACAAUUCCGACCAGAGAAGCAACAUGCUGAAAUCAUCGAUGCUUUCCACAAAUUCCUUCGAGACGUCCAUCCAAACACACCCGUGUCGUCGCGACCACGUCUGAUUCUCGUAGGCAGCGUGCGUGAUGACGCGGACGAGAAGCGGGUUUACAAACUUCGCCUACAUGCCCAAGAAGUCAAGGACAGUGUAGAUUUCGUGGUCAACGCCAAAUGGCCGCAGAUUCUCAACUUCCUAUCGAGCUCCGCCGUCGGUGUCAAUGGCAUGUGGAAUGAGCAUUUCGGAAUAGGUGUCGUGGAGUACCAGGCCGCAGGUCUGAUCUCCGUGGUCAACAAUUCCGGCGGGCCAAAGGAGGACAUCGUCGUGGACAUUGAUGGAGGACCAACCGGUUUCCACGCCUCCACAGAAGCCGAAUUUGCCGCCGGCUUCGAAAAGGCUCUCGCGUUAUCUCCCGAAGAUGCGCUCGCGAUGCGGUUGCGCGCGCGCAAGAGCAGUUGGCGCUUCUCGGAGCAGGUCUUCAGCGAAGCGUGGAACAAGGAGAUGCGCGCGUUAGUAGAUUCGGCUGUUGCACAGCAGAAGAGGAAGAAAAAGUUAUAGACGGAUUAUUUUCCACGGAGGAGUUCGAAGGAAGAAAAAGACAGGAAAAGGCAAGAGAUGUCUACAUCGUUAUUGUCGCGCAUGAUACACGUGCCAUGCUGCCUCGAUUUGAUACAGUGUACGGGCAUUCGUCGCAUUGUUUGCAUCUCCAUAUGAUAUCCUCAUCGUCGUUCUGUGUUCUGCCAUCAAUUUUGGCACAUAUUUCGCUUUACUGUUUUUUCCCGUACACCCGUGAAGCUGUCUUAACACCAUAUAUUUGAGAUGCUUUUUGCAAA